AUGUCAGUUGUGGCGACUACUUCUUCAACACCGAAGGAAACUAAUUCAGUUUCUCUUCAAAUUCCGACACUCACACCAACAAAUUACACUACUUGGGCCAUCAAGAUGGAGGCUGUGAUGGAUGCUCAAGGUUUAUGGGAAUCUGUCGAACCGGUAGACGGAAUUGCGGUCGACGAGAAGAAGAACAAAACUGCAAGAGCAUUUAUCUUUCAAGCGAUUCCGGAGGACGUCUUGUUGCAGGUGGCAAAGAAAAAGACGGCUAAGGAGAUCUGGGAAUCGUUGAAGACGAGAUAUGUUGGUGCUGCUCGUGUGCAAAAGGCACGGUUACAUACUCUUACAAGUGAGUUCGAAAAGAUGAAGAUGAAAGAUGGUGAGUCGAUUGACGAGUUCGCUGGAAGAUUGAGUGGGUUGGCUUCGAAGUAUAACAGUGUCGGUUCUACACUUGAAGAUGAAAAAUUGGUGAGAAAAUUGCUGGAUGGGGUCCCGGAUAUGUAUCUUCAACUUGUUGCCUCUAUGGAGCAAUAUUCGGAUGUGGAGACGAUGUCGUUUGAAGAGGCGGUUGGCCGAUUGAAAGCGUAUGAAGACCGUCUAAAGCUCCGUCAAGGUAACUCGAGUGGCGACAAUGGUUUGUUACUUACAAAAGUAGACAACCACUUGAACACAAAGAGAACAAGCAAGACUCCAUUCUCGGGUAGCCGGGGUAGAGGUUCGUUCUCAAAUGACCGGGGCGGUAGAUCGAGUUCAAGGGGGCGAGGAAGUACUCGAGGUAGAGGUAACCGGGGUGGUUACACAAACACUCAUGACACAAACAACCGAAAGCCAAAAGAUAGGAAACACAUUAAGUGUUUCAAGUGUGAUCAAUAUGGUCAUUAUGCCUCCGAAUGUAAUGAAUUGAAAGAGCAGAAGGAUGAAGCCAAUUUUAUUCAAACACAAGAAGAGGAGCAUGCUUUGCUAUUGAGUGUGCAUGGAGAGCAAGUUAAAGAUGUGGUUUUUUUGAAUGAAGACAAAGUAUUUCCAGCCAGAGACGAUAAUGACAAUGAAAUCUGGUACCUUGAUAAUGGUGCCAGUAAUCAUAUGACGGGGGAGAAGACAUUUUUCGCCGAACUUGAUGGUAAUGUGACGGGUCAAGUCAGAUUUGGAGACGGGUCGAAAGUACAAAUAAAAGGAAAAGGAACAAUUUUGUUUAAGUGCAAAAAUGGAGAGCAGUUAGUAUUGCCAGACGUCUAUUUCAUUCCGGCUUUGAAUAGCAACAUUUUGAGCUUGGGGCAGAUGACGGAAGUUGGGUACGAGGUGAAUAUGCGGAGUGAUUAUUUAAAAAUGCAUGAUGUAAAUGGGAGACUCAUGAUGAAGGUACAAAGAUCAAAGAACAGGAUGUAUAAAAUUGCUCUCAAAACAUCACAACCUGUUUGUCUUGCAACAAAAUUAGAUAAUGAAGCUUGGCUAUGGCAUUCAAGAUUGGGGCACAUUAACUUUCGCAAAAUGGAAGAAAUGGCGAGGAAAGGUAUGGUACGGGGAAUUCCGAGUAUAAAACACCCAACACAGCUUUGUGAAGGAUGUUUGGUUUCGAAACAAACCCGGCAAUCGUUUCCGAAUGAAGCACAGUGGAGAGCAAAGGAACCACUGGAACUAGUUUAUGCGGACCUCUGUGGUCCAAUCACGCCUCAAACAGCAGGGGGUAAUCGAUAUUUUCUCUUGAUUGUUGAUGAUUUUUGUAGAUUCAUGUGGGUGUACAUGAUUAAAACAAAGGACCAAGCAUUCAUGGAGUUCAAGAAGUUUAAAACACUUGUCGAGAAACAAAGCUCCUACAAAAUCAAGACUCUUCGAACUGACCGAGGCGGUGAGUUCACAUCACGAGCAUUCAACCUAUUUUGUGAAGAACAUGGUAUCAAUCGGCAGUUAACGGCACCCUACACACCGCAGCAAAACGGUGUUGUAGAGCGUCGAAACCGAACAGUUCUUGAAGCAACCAGGUCGCUAUUGAAGACGAUGAAAGUGCCAGAUACGUUUUGGGGGGAGGCAGUUCGUCAUGCCGUUUAUGUCCUGAAUCGGGUGAGUACGAAAGCAUUGAACAACAUGACGCCAUACGAGCGGUGGAAAGGAAGAAAACCGACACUCCAACACUUGAGAGUGUUUGGUUGUGUGGCAUAUGUGAAGAAGUUCAAUGAAAUCACGAAACUUAGUGACAGAAGUGAAACUAUGGUGUACCUUGGUGUUGAAAAGGGAAGUAAAGCGUAUCGUCUUUACAAUCCUAAAGAAAACAAAAUUGUGGUGGGCCGUGAUGUAGAGUUUGAAGAGAAAAAGAUAUGGGCCUGGAAUUCGAUCCAUGUGGGUGAGCCCACAUAUGCAUCUGGGAGUUUUAAUGUGCAGGUCAAAAUUGGGAGCAAUGAAAGUCAAACCCAGAAUGUCUCAGAAGAAUUUUCAAGCCCUAGCUCGCCAUUGCAAUAUGGUGGGUCAUCCCCUGCCACAAUUUCACCUGGCAAUCAGCAAGAUGAUGGUUCAAGUGAUUAUUCUAUCAGCUCACAACAUUUUUCAAGCAACGAUUCAACUGGUAAACAUGCUCCGUUCGAUGACACACCUCCACAAGGGCAGAGAAAAAUUCAAGAUGUCUAUCAGAACACGACACCUAUGAACGAGAAUGAGGUACGUGAGUUGUAUGAUAGAGAAUCUGAAUUAUUGUUGAUUAAUGAUGAACCAUUAACCUACAAAGAGGCAGUGAUUGAUAAAGAUUGGUUGGGGGCCAUGAAAGAAGAGUUGAACUCCAUUGAAAGAAACAAGACCUGGUCUCUAGUUGAAUUGCCAAAGGGUAAGAAGGUGAUAGGUUUGAAGUGGGUUUUUAAACUGAAAAAGGAUGCAGAGGGUAAUGUCACCAAACACAAAGCUCGUUUGGUCGCCAAAGGGUACGUACAGAGAAAAGGUGUCGACUUUGAUGAGGCUUUCGCGCCCGUUGCCAGGUUAGAAACUAUUCGUUUACUAUUAGCAUUGGCAGCAAAAGAGGGAUGGGUUGUUCAUCAUCUUGAUGUCAAGUCAGCAUUCCUUAACGGUGAUCUCGAAGAGGAAGUAUAUGUAUCCCAGCCGGAUGGUUUCGUGAUUGAGAAGAAAGAGAAUUGUGUCUAUAAACUCAGAAAAGCGUUGUAUGGGUUGCGACAAGCGCCAAGGGCAUGGAAUGCUAAACUCGACAAAACACUAAAAGACAUGGGGUUCAAGAGAUGCUCUCAAGAACAGGUUGUGUACAAACUCCAGAAGUCAAAAUCUGAUCUUAUCGUAGGUGUCUACGUUGAUGAUCUUAUUGUAACAGGGGCAGACGAGACGAAGAUAAAGGAGUUCAAAGAAAAGAUGAAAAAGGUGUUUGAUAUGAGUGACUUGGGGAAGCUAAGUUAUUAUCUUGGAAUUGAAGUUGAACAAAGUGAAAAAGUAAUUGUUCUGAAGCAAACUAGAUAUGCGAAAAAGAUCUUAAAGUCGGCUGGAAUGUUGGAAUGCAACCCAUCAAAAUGGCCCAUGGAACCGAAGUUACACUUGACCAAAGAUGAGAAAGGAGAAGCUGUUAACCCAACUAUAUAUCGGCGACUUAUAGGAAGCCUUCGGUACUUACUUCACACGAGACCAGAUCUCAGUUACUCUGUGGGCGUUGUGAGCAAGUAUAUGCAGGCGCCAAAGGUAUGUCAUUUUUUAGCCGUUAAACAAAUCCUUAGAUACAUAAAGGGUACAGUCGGAUAUGGGCUGAAAUAUGAAAGGGGAGGAGAUGGCAACUUGAUUGGAUUUAGUGAUAGUAGUCAUGGGAUGGAUUUGGAUGAUCGCAGAAGCACAACUGGAACUGUUUUCUACCACGCAAACAACCCGGUUACGUGGUCUUCUCAAAAACAGCGUACUGUGGCUCUCUCCUCCUGCGAGGCAGAAUUUAUGGCAGCAUCGGCUGCAGCGUGUCAAGCUUUAUGGCUGAGAAGUCUGCUCAGUGAAUUAACAGGUAUGGAACCUCAAACUGUGAAGUUACUUGUUGAUAAUGAAUCCGCUAUUGCUUUGAUGAAGAACCCCGUCUUCCACGGGCGAAGCAAACACAUAGAUAUAAAGUUCCACUUCAUAAGAGAGUGUGUGGAAAGAAGUCAGAUUCGGGUAGAGCAUGUUAGUGGUGAAAUGCAAAGGGCUGAUGUUUUGACCAAGGCACUACCUCGGAUUAAGUUUGCUGAAAUGAGGGCAUUGCUGGGAAUAAAUGAUGUUGGGGAACAAGCCAACAUUAAAGGGGAGAGUAUUGGUUAA